AGUGUUUUUCUUUUUUGGGUGGCCUUUUGUAAGGGAACCCUUUCCUGUUUCUUGGCCUUCCCCUCAGCUUUGUAUAUAUGUUAAGUUUGUUGAGAAAAUGAUUAAAGUAAAGUAAAGUAAUUCAAAUGAGUUUUCCGACUUUGAAAGUCGAACCGAAGUUAAUUAAAAAAGAUUUUCGGUGACUUCCAUUCAACUAUCACAAAACGGAAUACGAUGAUGAGCUGGCAGAAAUACUUGCUAGAACUCAUGAGAACUCGACUUAAAAAAAAUGAUACCGAGGGCAUUUUUCAAUCAUUUAUCAUCAGCCUUGUCCCAACCUUUUUUCGUUUUUUUCGCCAUUUCCAGGGUUGUGCUGUCCUUCGAUCUGCACCAGUAACGUAAAACGGUCAUUUUAAUUUGUGCCCACCUGCAACAAAAAUGAUUUAUUGAGAGGCCACUCCAAAAGCACCGGCCCUUUUGUGCUGCAUGUCUGUAACUUGUGAGCCUUUAGUUCUUCGUCAUCUUUCGUCACCAAAGUUAUGUCGCUUAAGUGACCUUGUUUUUGUCAUAUUUUGAGCCGUUUCAUUGGUUCCACUCAAAAAAAGAUCCUGUUCUGUGACAGCGAUCAGUGACAGAUCUUCCAUUCUCGAAUGAAUAGCCUUGCUUCCGUGGAUCGCGAGGAAUCAACAGAGCAUGAAAAGGAAAGCAAAACUGACAAAUUUUGCGGUUCGCUGAAGGCGGCCAAGCCAUACUUAGGAGAUGUCAUUUCACUUGGUGGAGAGGAAGGGGAGAGGCGCGAAGGCAGAAUGAGGGUAGGAUAAGUACGUGGACGAGAUAAAAAAAGGCAAGAAUGGGAUGCAGACCUUUCUCACAAUAAAAGGGACUGAGAAAUGCAAAAUUUGACAGUCUUGGAAGGUCUUCUGCGGUCAGAACAUUUUUGAAAUUCGUCGAGCCUCUUUCCCUCACGAUUCUUUGAACUCGACAUCUACCAAAGCGUCUCUGAUGAUUUCGUUCGUCUACUAGUUUCCAGUUCUUUUUUUCAGUUUUUUUUUUCAGAGGUUACGAUUCACGAAGAAGAGGAGGAAACUGAGAUCGAACAAGCACUUCCGUUUUCGAUAAAGUUGAGUGAUCGACUACAAAUGGACAACAUCUGAAGGAGUUCAGUCCACGAAUUUGGUAAUUUUUUUUCAAGAAGAUGGAAGAUUUGCAGCCUAUUGUAGCUUCGGACCAAGCAUCUACUUGUGUGGAGUUGAUGAAGCGGCUCAACAUGCAACGACAACAAAAUUAUUUAUGCGAUAUAAAACUCGUGACGAACGACGACAAGGAGUGGAUGGCUCAUAGAAAUGUUCUUUCCGCUGCGAGUCCGUUCUUCUGUAAGCUUCUUCAGAGCGACAUGAUGGAGAAUCGAGAAGGUUUUGUUCGUUUCGAGGAAAUCUCGGGAUCUGUCAUGAAAGAUGUUUUGGAAUUCAUCUACACUGGAACUGUGGAAGUAACUCAGGAGAAUGCCAAGGAGCUGAUCGCGGCAGGUAACUAUCUGAUCAUGCCGAGCUUGAAAUCUCUUUCAGGGCGACUUCUGGAGGCAGAAAUGUCCAACUCCAACUGCAUUUCAACGUUUUACUUCGCCGAGAAAUACGAUUGCGAGGAGCUUGUGAACAACAGCAGAAAACUCGUCCUCGAAAACUUCCGUUUCGUAGCAGCACUGGAUGAAUUCCUUGAGUUGGAAGGUGAAGAAGUAGAGCGAUGGCUUUCAAGUGACGAGAUUUCUGUUGAAACGGAAGCUGAUGUUUUUAAGAUCGUACUUAAUUGGAUUGAACACUGCAAGAGCGAGCGAAAAGUAAAGUUCGAACAGUUGUUUCGCCACGUCAGACUGGAUUUGAUGUCGCGUGACUUCUUGAUAGAUGUCGUGACAAAUGAACUUGUUCAAGAUAGCUUUGCUUGUUUGAGGCUGACCUCCGCGGCUUUAAAAAUGUCUAGUUUCUCGAGUGAAGUAGAAGUACUCCAAAAGCCGAGAAAAGAAGUCGAACUAUACGCUUUCGUAGCGUGUGGAGGUAAUCGCAAUCUUUGUUAUCUUCCCGGAAAUGACCAGUGGAAACGACUGCCAGAUGGAGGGAGGUCAGGCUACGCCCAAAUGGUCAGCUACCGGGAUAAGUUGUUUAGAUUUCCUGGAGCUGGCCUUGUAGAGAGGUAUGAUCCAGUUUUUAAUGCCUGGUCUGUGUUGGAAUUGCUUGCAAACUCUCUCUAGGUGGCUAUAGUUCGAGGAGAAAUGUAUGCAAUUGAGUUUAAGACUUCUAGACAACAAACCAUCGUCAAAAUAUACCAUGUAGAGCAGUGUUCAUGGGAGAAACUUCUUUCAUCCAGUGAAGCCUGUAGAGAACAAACCUGUGUUGUUUCUUCUGGCAGUGAUCUUUAUGUUUUUGGUGGAAAGCUUCCAAAAACUAGAGAAUAUGUCACAAAAGCCGAGAGAUUUGACACGGUGGGGAAAAGAUGGGUGGAAAUUGCGGAAAUGCGGGAAGAAAGAGGUGACGCCUUUGGUGUGGCCACUAAAGACAAAAUCUUUGUUGCUGGAGGAAAGCACAGAGAAGGAAACUCAGUGUUGCAAACUUGUGAGAUGUACAGUAUUUCAACUAAUGAAUGGCAACUCACUGGAAGCUUGAUUGUUUCUCGCAUGCGUGGUAGUAUGGUGUGUCUGAAUGGGAAACUUUAUGUGUUAGGUGGAGAAAGAGAGGAAGACCGUCGUGAGUUGAAGAUUGAGUGGUAUAAUCCUGAAGAGGGAAAAUGGAUCCAUAAAACGACCAUACCUGCACCACCAAGAUAUGAUUACAUUCAGGGAAGUGGGGUUUUAAACGGCUGUAUACUUAAACUCUCCAAAGGAGUGCUGGACAAACUUCGGGUGGAAAAAAAUUAGGACUGAUUUGCACCAUUGCACCAUGAACAUUGUCUUUGAAAGAGAAAUGGUUUGAAGCGGUCCAAUAAAUAACAAGGAAAAGGAGACCAGCAUCUGCUCAGGAUAACUUACCAAUCCUGAUGGUCUCAUAAGAAAGCUGUUAUUUGGAAUGUCACGCAAUGGGGGAUGCAUUGCAUGACAAUCCAAUGUAAGGUUUCGAAGGAGACUAACUUAAACUUUGCCCCCUAAAGAUGCAGCUGACAGGAUGCAACUUUAUGGUAAAGAUCAGUUCUCAGUCUGGUGUUAUUCAUGUUGUUUUAAAUGAAGAGUUUUCUGUUCUCCAAGGUUGUAAUUCAUCAGUGUAUGCUGAUGACACUGUUAUUUUUCUGAACUCAGUCACAUAUGGUGUUGCAAUUAGAAAAAAACUUACCAGAACCUUAAUUUAGUUUAAUUGACUGGAUAUUUGGUUAAAUUGGAACUUCAAGUGUAAUGUGACUGUAAUAAAUGACUGAAUAACUAUAAUCCUUAUGAAAGAAACAACGUUUUUAGUUUAAAAAAAAAAAGUUUUUGGCAUUCUUACAUGUAUGUCAUCUUCAGUUGCAAUAGGUUUGUUGUGUGAUUUGAAUUUUCUCUCAACAAACAUGUCAUGAACCUACAACAAAAGUUUUUGCUGCACAAAAUGCUAUAUAUUGUAUUAUAUAACAAUAAUUACCUUUAGUAUAAUUUCAGAGCUAAGCAGAGUUUCCAGCAAUCUGAUUGGUCGAUUGG